AUGGCAUCUUGGGGAGUCAGUGAGAAAGGGGCUGAGCAUGUGGAGAUCGGCGUGGGGUCUCCCGAGCACCUCGGUUGCUGCUGUGGAGCAGAGGAUGAGGCACCCUUUGCCCAGAGCACUUCUGUAGGCGUGUCACAGACCAGGACGCCCAAGGCAGCUCAGUCUUCCCGGAAGACCCACCCCUGUGAGAUGUGUGGUCCAGUCCUGAGAGACAUUUUCCACUUGGCUGCGCACCAGGGAAAAGAAAACAGCCAGAAGCUGUUGAGGUGUGGGGCCUGUGGGAAACGAUUUUAUUUCAGUGUAAAGUUUCAGCAGCAGCAGGAGCAGCACGUGGGAGCAGAACCCUCCAGAAGCCGUGUGGACAGGGCCUCUGUUGUGAAGAGCUGGGGAUUCCAUGGUUCAGGAAAGCCCUUUACCUGUGGAGAAGUUCAGAAGGACUUCCUGUCUGGCUCGGGGCAUCUGCAGCAAGAGGCCACUGAUACUGGGGAGAAGGCACACACGAUCACCCAGCGCAGGGCAACUUUACAAAGCAGAAAAAGUCAUGACACCUGGGGAGAAUGCAAGAACGCCUUUGGUCCCAAACACGCACAUAUUCAGGAGCAGGGUGUCCACCUUGGAAGACAGUCCUUUGUGUGCAGUGAAUGUGGGAAAACAUUCAGGUACAAAUCUUUAUUUGCCAUACACCAGAGAUACCACACUGGAAAAACAUACGAGCUUGGUCAAUGUGGAAAAUCGCUUAAGCAGACGCCAACCCUGAACGAACACGGAAAGACUCACAGUGCAUCCAGGCAGUACACGUGCAGCAAAUGUGGGAAAUCCUUAGGCCGCAAAUCUGUCCUCAUUCAUCCCCAGGGAUGGCACAGUGGAGUGAAGAGUUACGUUUGCAGUGGAUGUGCAAAAGCUGUUAGCUGUAGCCCAGUGUUGAUUACUCAUAGGGUUGAGUCUGGAGAAGGGUUUUAUAAGUGUCGUGGCUGCCCAAAAUCUUUUCCCUCUAUGUCUGCCCUCUCAUAUCAUCAGAGAUCUCAUGCAGGGGAAAGACGGUAUGAGUGCAGUGAUUGUGGGAAAUCUUUUACCAGUAGUUCUGCCCUCCGUUCUCACCAGAGAGUUCACACUGGUCAAAAGCCUUAUAAAUGCAGUGCAUGUGGGAAAUCUUUUGUUCGUAAUUCUUCCUUACGUUAUCACCAGGCAGUUCAUAGUGGAGAAAGGCCUUUUGAGUGUACCGAAUGUGGCAAAUCUUUUAUGAGUAGUAAUGGCCUCCGUUAUCACCAUAGUGUUCAUACCGGAGUGAAGCCUUAUAAGUGCCAUGAAUGUGGCAAAUCUUUUAUGAGUAGUUAUCGCCUUCGUGGUCACCAGACCAUUCACACUGGAGAAAAGCCUUAUAAGUGCGAUGAGUGUGGGAAAUCCCUUGCUAGUAAUUAUUCCCUCCGUUCUCACCGGAGACUUCAUACUGGAGAAAGGCCUUAUGUGUGUAUUGAAUGUGGGAAAUCCUUUCUCCAUAAAAUUACCCUUAAUAAACACAUACAGCUUCACUCAGGUGAACGGCCUUAUAAGUGUAAUGAAUGUGGGAAAUCUUUUACUACUAGAUAUACCCUCCGUUACCACCAGCGAAUUCACACUGGACAAAAGCCUUAUCAGUGCACUGAAUGUGGGAAAUCUUGUACUACUAGUUCUGACCUCCGUAGUCACCAGAGAGUUCACACUGGAGAACGGCCUUAUGAGUGCAGUGAAUGCGGGAAAUCUUUUACCCGUAAUUCUGCCUUCCGUUAUCACCAGAGACUUCACACUGGAGAAAGGCCUUAUGAGUGCUGUGAAUGUGGGAAAUCUUAUACUAGUAGUGCUGCCCUCCGUUCACACCAGAGUGUUCACACUGGACAAAAGCCUUAUGAGUGCUGUGAAUGUGGGAAAUCUUUUACUACUAGUUCUGCUCUCCGUUAUCACCAGAGAUUUCACACUGGACAGAAGCCUUAUGAAUGCCCUGAAUGUAGCAAAUCCUUUUCGCGGAAACAUACACUCAAUACACACAAAAAACUUCACUCAGGUGAACGGCCUUAUGAGUGUAAUGAAUGUGGGAAAUCAUUUACUGUUAGUUCUACCCUCCGUUUGCACCAGAGACUUCAUACUGGAGAAAGGCCUUAUGAGUGUAAUGAAUGUGGGAAAUCUUUUACUGUUAGUUCUGCCCUCCGUUUGCACCAGAGUGAAGGAUUUAAAAUAGCACAGAAGGUGAUACUUCUUGCUUAG